CCACAACAUUUCCAUCAUGUUAAGAAGAAAUCCCAUACUCCUGCCAUCUAGGUUUUUAUAGUCUGUUGUUAAAAACCAAUCAUGCUGCAGUGGAUAAGUCUUUUUUUUUUUGGCUGUGUUGUGGGCAUGUUGGAUCUUAGUUCCCGGAUCAGGAUCAAACUCGUGCCCCCUGCGUGGUUAAGUGUGGAGACUUAGACCCCUGACCACUAGGGGAGUCCCCUGCAUUGGACAGUAUAUACAUAGCAUUUCACACUUGUGCAAGAAUAUCUGUAGGACAAGCACCUGGAAGUGUUUGCUAGGUGACAUGAUUCAUGCAUUUAAAAUUUUUAAAGUAGUUGCCCUCUCCAGAGUUUAUGCUCUUACUACCAAAGUGUAAAAGUCUCUGUUUCCCAUUUCCUGACUAGCAUAGUCCUUAAUCAAACUUGAUCUUUGCCAAUCUGACAAAUAAUCUUAUCUCAUUGUAAUUUUCAUUUGCAUUUCUCUUAUUCUAAGUGAGGGUGAUUACUUUUACAUGUUUAGGGGCUACUUGUCUUUCCUUUUUUAUGGACUGAUUUUUCAUACCCUUUGAUUUUCUGCAGGGUAGCUGACCUUUUUAAAAAUAUGAGCUCUUUGUGUUAGGGAGAAAAGCUGCUUGUGAUAUGAACUGAACAUGUUUUCCCUACUUUUUUUAUUUGUUUUUUAGUCUUUGUUCAUUUUUUUUCUUUUAUCAUGCAGAAUUUAAAAAAAUUUUGUCAUCAAAUUUGGCAGACUUCUGCAUCUUGUGACAUACUUAGCCUUUCCCUACUCCAAGAUUAUAAAAACAAAAUUCUCCCAUAUGUUUUUCUUAAACUGUAAGUCUCUUCUCCUCCCUCCCCCGCCCCCCACGUUUAACUAUUAGAUCCAUCUGGAAUUUAUUUUUCUGUAAGAUAGGAGGUAUGGAUCCACCUCCUCUUCUCUAGAGGGCUAACGUUUUCUUCCGCUGAUUUGAAAUGUCAGUUUUACAUUGUCUUCUUGAUUAAGAACGGUAUGAGCAAUUUUAAAUAUUAGCUUUCACAUUCUAGGAGUGGUAGUCAGGGAUUUCCCUGGUGACCCAUGCUUAAAACGUUGCACUUCUAAUGCAUGGGGAGCUGAUUCAGUCUUGGAUCAGGGAACCAAGAUCCCACGUGUGGCCAAGAAAUAAAAAUAAAUUAAUUUUUUUCAAAGUGGUAGUCAGAUGUCUGGGCAGUGCCUUCUGAUCUCUUGGGGCACCUGUAAGAACCGCAGUCCCCUUCUCUCCCUGCCAGAUCCUACUGCUGCAAACUGCUAUCACCCAGGGGAUGUGUCUUGCUCUAGUGUGUGAAACCAAGUAGUUUGUAACCUCUGAUCUAGGGACUUCCCCUUGGAAGAGGCACGGCCAGAGGCCCAUCUUGUGAAUCCAGAGUCAUUACUUGAAUGAAGGCUUCAAGGAGAGCCCAGAAGUAAUGGAAGAAUCUUUCCCCAAAAAACUCAGCUCUUCACUUUGGAGUCAUUAGUUUCUAUCCCCAGGUUGUCUUUCCACUUUAGAAUCCUAGUCAAUUUCUACAUGUUCACACUGGUAGAUUUACUCUGAUAGGGCCAUCUGUCCUCCUGGGGAAAGAAAUACUGGCUUGGGCUGCGUUGUGACUGUGUUUUGGCACCAUGUAGAGCUGGGUGUGUAGAGGUAAGAGCCAUCGCUUCUAAUCUGAAACUGUUUAGUUGAAAAGAGUGUGGCCCUUUAAAAAGGAGAAUUCUCAGAGUACCCCUGACUAUAAAGGCUUGUGGAAUUCUACCCAAGGGGCGCUGGAGGAGAAGGUCUGUCUGGCAAGACUGAUGCCCUGAGUAGGGUGGAUGUCCCCAACGAGUGUUCUGUCAAGUGUCUGGGCAGCCCACUUGGUUUGGUAGGGGAGGAUGUGCGGUGGCUUUUAAUUUCAUCCCUCUUGUACAAUUGUCCUUGUAUUGGGUCUACUCAGGGAGUAGCUUGUCACAGAACUGUGGGGUAGCAGAUGCUUUCUGUGCUUGAACAUUUUGGUGGCAGUGACACUUGGAAGGAGCGACUGGUGCGGCCUUCCUGUCUCGGUGUGUGUGCGUUAACCCUGGGCAUCUCGUGCGCUGGAGGAGCUGAUACAGGUGUAAAGGGAACCAGGAGAGACGUGAAAGGGUUCUGCCCUGAUGCAAGCUGUUUUCACAUACAUUUAGUUUGUUCUGAAAACAGACACUUAAAAAAUGAAUUUACAGAGGGUACAGCGGAGCUCCAAUUAAAUAGUCAUAUUGAAGUAAAGAAAUAAUAUGCAUUUUAUAGGCUUAAUUAUACAUCAUAAUUAGCUAAUGUAGUCCAUGUGAUUGUGAUGUCUGGGAGACCAGCCCAGGGAACAGUUAUGAGCAACAGCUAAUGUGAUUCCGCAUGUUAAAUGUCAGGAUUUAAGGGCAGACCUUCAUACAAAUUUCUACCAUAUCUACUUGACGAUAGUUUUCCAAUUUCUCCUUCCUGUCCCUUUUCACCCCUCAAAAGCCAUGUUAGUAAAGUCAUCCUAGCAUGCUCCUGGGUAACUCAACAUCUGAGUCCUAGACACAGAUUUCACUUGGCCUGAGCUCCUCCCACCGUUGUGGCCAUGGCUGUUAGCGUUGGAUAGGCUGUUCACACUGACCUCCUCCUGUCUCUCAUCAGCUCUCCUCUCCACCAAUGAUCCACUCAGAGGGAUAAUCCACCAGCAGCUGAGCCCUGUCACCCACCAAUGGGGAGGUCCCACAUGGGGGGAUACUUACCCCUUCCAGACCCUUCCUGAGGAAAGCAAGUUUCAUUCCAUGUGGCAGGAGUAAUUUUUAUAUUUGUUUGGCCUUGUGACCGAUAGGAUGGGAAGUUGGGGGGAAGUGGAGAGGAGAUGGCAGUUUUAACCGAGAAAAAAAAAAACUUUAGUAGAAACUCUGCCUUCUUCGGGCGUGUCCCUCUUCUGGGCAUCUCUUCAGGAUUUCAUUCCUCCGUCCAACUGCCGUUCACAACUGCCCUUUCCAACGGCUCCAGAACUCUUGGCCUUGGCAUUCCAUGAUGUAAAUUAUUCCACGCAUGGCUCGAAAUGGGUGCAAAGCAAUGUUACCAGGUGUCGGAUCACUAGUUUGUCAUGGAUGAUGAUGACGACUCGUGUCUCCUUGAUCUUAUUGGAGACCCACAAGCAUUGAACUAUUUUCUACAUGGACCUAGUAAUAAAUCGAGCAAUGAGGACUUGACUAACGCAGGAUAUUCUGCAGCCAAUUCAAAUUCGAUUUUCGCCAACUCUAGUAAUGCUGAUCCUAAGUCAGCCCUCAAAGCUGUAAGCAGCCAGCUUGGAGAAGGGCCCAGUGAUGGACUGCCACUUUCAAGUAGCCUUCAGUUUCUCGAAGAUGAACUUGAGUCUUCUCCUCUUCCUGAUCUCAGUGAGGACCAACCUUUUGACAUUCUUCAGAAAUCCUUGCAGGAGGCCAAUAUCACUGAACAGACGUUGGCAGAAGAGGCAUAUCUGGACGCCAGUAUAGGUUCAAGCCAACAGUUUGCACAAGCUCAGCUUCAUCCCUCUUCAUCAGCAUCCUUUACUCAGGCUUCUAAUGUUUCUAAUUACUCAGGUCAGACACUGCAGCCUAUAGGGGUGACUCAUGUGCCUGUUGGCACCUCGUUUGCAAGCAAUACGGUGGGUGUGCACCAUGGCUUUAUGCACCACGUGGGGAUCAGUGUGCCCAGCCAGCAUCUGUCUAAUAGCAGCCAGAUUAGUGGUUCUGGACAAAUACAGUUAAUUGGGUCAUUUGGUAAUCAACCUUCCAUGAUGACUAUUAAUAACCUAGAUGGAUCACAAAUUAUACUAAAGGGUAGUGGGCAGCAAGCCCCCUCGAAUGUGAGUGGAGGGCUUCUUGUUCACAGACAGACUCCUAAUGGCAACUCCUUGUUUGGGAACUCCAGUUCCAGCCCAGUAGCACAGCCUGUUACCGUUCCGUUUAACAGCACAAAUUUCCAAACAUCUUUACCUGUGCAUAACAUCAUCAUACAAAGGGGUCUUGCACCAAAUUCAAAUAAAGUCCCAGUUAAUAUCCAGCCAAAGCCUAUCCAGAUGGGUCAGCAAAACACAUACAAUGUGAACAACUUGGGAAUACAACAGCACCAUGUCCAGCAAGGGAUCUCGUUCGCCUCUGCAAGCUCACCCCAGGGCUCAGUGGUUGGUCCGCACAUGUCCGUGAACAUCGUAAACCAACAGAACACAAGGAAGCCCGUCACCUCGCAGGCCGUGAGCAGCGCUGGGGGCAGUAUCGUUAUUCAUUCUCCCAUGGGCCAGCCUCACACACCCCAGAGUCAGUUCCUCAUACCUACAAGCCUUUCUGUCAGUUCCAACUCGGUACACCAUGUCCAGACCAUCAAUGGGCAGCUUCUUCAGACUCAGCCCUCUCAGCUCAUUUCCGGCCAGGUGGCCUCAGAGCAUGUCAUGUUGAACAGAAACUCUUCCAACAUGCUCAGGACCAACCAACCAUAUUCUGGACAGAUGCUGAACAACCAGAGUGCCGCCGUCCAGUUAGUGUCCGGGCAGACAUUCGCCACCUCCGGAAGCCCGGUGAUUGUCAACCACGCCUCCCCUCAGAUCGUCGGUGGACAGGUGCCUUUGCAGCAGGCAUCACCCACCGUCUUGCACCUGUCCCCUGGGCAGAGCAGCGUCUCCCAAGGAAGACCUGGCUUCACCACCAUGCCCUCGGUGACAAGCAUGGCAGGACCUAGUCGGUUCCCUGUUGUCAGUUCGUCCAGCACUGCCCAUCCUAGUCUUGGGUCUGCAGUUCAGUCUGGUGCAUCAGGAUCAAACUUUACAGGAGAUCAGCUGACCCAGCCAAACAGGGCUCCAGGACCGCUCAGUGUGUCCCAUCGUCUUCCAGUUCCUUCUUCCAAGUCUACCAGCACCUUCAGUAACACGCCUGGAGUGGGAAGCCAGCAACAGUUCUUCUGUCAGGCUCAGAAAAAAAGCUUGAAUCAGACUUCCCCCAUUUCUGCUUCCAAGACCACAGAUGGCCUGAGGCCAGCGCCCAUGCCAGGCCUCUUGAGCACCGCACUGCCAGGGCAGGAUUCUGGAAGCAAAGUUAUACCAGCGUCCUUAGGAACCACACAGCCCCAACAGGAAAAAGUCGUUGGAUCACCUCCUGGCCAGCCAACGGUGCAGGUGGAUGGUCACCCGGGAGGACAGAAGAGGCCUGCUGCCAAACAGCUGACUAAAGGAGCUUUCAUUCUCCAGCAGUUACAGAGGGACCAAGCCCACACGGUGACACCUGACAAAAAUCAGUUCCGGUCACUCAGUGAUGCGGUGCAGAGGCUGCUGUCCUACCACGUGUGCCAGGGCUCCAUGCCCACAGAGGAGGACCUGAGGAAAGUUGACAGUGAAUUUGAAACAGUUGCCACUCAGCUCCUGAAAAGGACCCAAGCUAUGCUUAACAAGUACAGAUGCCUGCUCCUGGAGGACGCCAUGCGGAUCAACCCCUCCGCUGAGAUGGUGAUGAUUGACAGAAUGUUCAACCAGGAGGAAAGAGCUUCUCUGUCCCGGGACAAGCGUCUGGCACUCGUAGACCCCGAGGGUUUUCAGGCUGAUUUCUGUUGUUCCUUCAAACUCGAUAAAGCUGCCCAUGAGAUGCAGUUCAGCCGGAGUGACCAGCAUGGCGGUAAAACAAGUUCUGUGCAUCUGACGGCCAAGGCCCAGAGCAGAGACCGAGCCAAAGCAGGCCUGGCAGAACCAAUGAAUCAUGACCAAUUUCAUCUAGUGCCUAAUCACAUCGUGGUCUCUGCAGAAGGAAACAUUUCUAAAAAAACCGACUGCCUCGGCAGAGCACUUAAAUUUGACAAAGUGGGCUCCGCUCAGUACCGGAGUGCAUCUGAAGAGAAAACCAGCCGGAGAGACUCCGCAAAAGGCAGCGAGUGCUCCCCCGGCCCUGAAGGCCACCGGAAAAACUCGUCCAGACCAGAUCACGGUCCUGACAGCAAACUCUCAAGCCUCCUAGUAGAUUCGCACCUGGAGAUGACCUGUAAUAGCUCCUUCCAGGACAAGACACUGCGGAAUUCUCCAAAGAAUGAAGUUUUACACACAGACAUCAUGAAAGGGUCAGGCGAGCCCCAGCCCGAUCUCCAGCUUACUAAGAGUUUAGAAACGACAUUUAAGAACAUUUUGGAACUCAAAAAGGCUGGGCGGCAGUCCCAGAGUGACCCCACGGUUAGCGGCUCUGUCGAGUUAGAUUUCCCCAACUUUUCUCCAAUGGCUUCGCAGGAAAACUGCCUGGAAAAGUUCAUCCCGGACCACAGUGAAGGCGUCGUAGAAACUGACUCUAUUUUAGAAGCAGCUGUAAAUAGUAUCCUAGAGUGUUAAUAGCGCAGUCCUCCCCGCACCCACCCCAAGACCCCGCCCCGGACAAGUUACAUUCUUUCCUGGCAAAAGCAAUGGAAACGGUCUCCUGUCUCCAGCCUGCUUGAUCUUUCAUCACAGGUUAUUCUUUCUAAUUUCAAUCCCAUUCUUUGUUUAAGAGCAAUACUCAUCGUGGUUACAGGGAGAUCCUUCAGUAAAGCUGAUCCUUAUUAGAAAGCAGUCUGAUAGGCCCUAUACAUUUCAAGUGUUUUAAAAGUGCUUAUCGUCAUUUUUGUUGUUGUUUAUUUUUUUCCCCAAACACUGUAAUUCAAUGAGAUCACAGUACACUUGGCCCUAGGCAAAAUUCUGACAAUCAUAAGUCAUUUGAAAAGAACAGACUUUAUUAAAGAAAAUCAAACAGGACUGUUAGAAGAUACUUUUUAAAGAAUAUCCCCACUGUAUCUCCAAAUUUGGGCUUUGAGGGGGGUGGGUCUUGGGGUUGUCAUGGGCCAGGAGACCACAUGGCUCUCCCCUCGGCCAUCUGUGAGCAGUUAGUCCUGGCUGCUCUGCUGGGACCCACAACCCCGGCCUGAGCGCCUGUAGCGCACAAGCAGGGCUUCCUGUUCAUUCAAGUGCUUUUCUGAUGCUCCCUGAGCAAAACCUCACCUCUUCAGCAUAUCCACGUUGAAUUUCAUCUAGGGAAAACUUUGUUUUGAGUUGCGACAGCAUGACUUGAGAUAAUCUCACCAGGCAAAAUAAAGGAAAAAUGGAAACCAGUUAAGUGGCACAGUGUACAGGGGAGGCCAGGAUCGAGCCUUGAGGAAUAUAAUAUGUAUAUAUGUAAAAGCAUAUAUAUUAUGUUCACUGUUGAGAAAAAAACAAGUGUUUUGCAUUCUACAAUUGGAUCUAGUCAACAUACAAUGUAUGUUUUUGUUGGUUGCUGGGUUUUGUUUCAUUCGACCUCUCUUCGCACCCCCUCCCACAACAAAUAGCCAAGCAUCGAAAGCACUUUCAUUUGAAAACUGUGUUAUAAUUUUUCAGUUUAAAUGUUAAGGGGACUUUGGCCUUGUUUCUGCUUCUUGUUGUCUGAGAACAGUAGUCACACCCCCCGGCAGCAAUCAUUACCAAAACACAGACAAACCAAAGGUAACCAGGCAGCCCACCACUGAAAGGAAAGCUCUGAGACCCAGAUGCCCAGUUGAGAGCCAAAGGACACGCCCUGUCAUGGUUUGUGUUUGGCCCAUGUUCGUGUUCAUGGGUGUGACUUACUGCUUUAUUUAUUGAUAUUUCUUUUCAGGGCGCUUUCCCAUUUUCCUUUCUUGUGUGCCUGCCCCAGCCCCUCCCAUUUCUGUUGUCACUCUCAUUCUCAAUGUCACCGCGACCAUCAGUGUCCCCUUGCAUUGGGAACGCUACACGUGGCAUUCCGUGUGUCCUGACAUACGUGUGUGCGUGUGUCUGGGCUGUUCAGGUACAGAGGUUAUUUUGGCUACAGAGUGUACACAGUCACCCUCCCUCUUAUGUGGACAGGCGCUCAUCUCUUCUGUCCAUCUCUCUGGCUUUAGAGGAAUUCCCACUGGUCUUCACUCGAACACGUUGCCAAGAUCUACUUCUGGCCUUCCCCAACAUGAGGACAACCCCCCGUCAUCAUGUUGGACCUUUCUUUUCCAGAUUGGCCUGCAAUGGAAAGGAGGGCUUCUGAUUCCUAGAAAACACAACAGAAGACCUAGACUCUGCCUGCCCCUUAGUGCUCCCCUACACACACACAGAGAAAUCCUGGGAGACUGCCAGUCUUCACAAAAGUAAAAUACCUUCUCCCUACUCCCACCCCUGAGCCAAUAGAAACCGGAAAGUCUGGGCCAUUUCACGGUUGCCAUGUUUUCCUUAUUGUGCCAAUGUCCAAGUUGCAGAUUUCCCCUUUUUUCCCGUAUUGUAGCAUAUUAGAAAGAUAAGUUGGUAUUGCCAGUUGGAACUUUCUGUUUGGGCAGCCCUGGGAUAACACCCUGCUCUGAACCCCAUGAUGUCACAGGCUCUUCUUCUCUUAGGGCUCAUGCUUCCCUAAUUACUAGCAAGACUUAAAGGUGGUUCCUCCUGAUCAAAUUCUUCUCAUUGUGGAAAUUUAUACCUGGAAGCCUUCUUGGAGGCUACUAAUGAGUUACAUUAAUUACCGAAUCAGUGGAAUUCUCAAGAGACAAGAUAGAUCCAUGUACAUUUGUCACCUCUCUUCUGCCCUGCCCUGCCCUGCUACCCCAGUCCCAGCUUUUCAAUAUACCAUCUUAAAGGGUUUUUUAAAGACUUGACACUUGUCUAGAAAACAGAGAGCCUAAUUUACCAAAAUGAAACUUGUAAAUUUUUGUGUCCUUGUAUGUAAGUUUACUUUUAACGGCGGAAAGAUUCUAGAUAAUGACAAAUGACGAUUACGAAGUAUAUUUGAUUCCUGUGAUUAGGUCCUGACUCGCAUGUCGAGGCCCCUCUGGUGGAGGAUGAGAGCUCAGCCUCCGAUGGCCAGUGUUCAGUUGUUGAGGUUCAUUAGUCGAAGUUAAGUUUUAGAGCUACUCGUACUCAGUAACAAAAAUCAUUUUCUUUUCUUUCUUUUUUUUUUCUGUUGCUGUUGUGGAAGAGUGUGAAUUUGUUAUUAAGCAUUUGAUUUUCUGUGUCCUUAAGUACUGCCUAAAGAUAAAGCAAAUUUUAAACUGGCAAUUACGAAAAAGAACUAUUUUAGCGCUGAAGAAUUUAGUAGACUUUGUUAGAUUAGGGAGGCCUUACAGACUGACUUGACUUAAAGAGGAUGCGUCACUCACUGUCAGUGUGGUGUGGGCUUUAUUUGCUUCAAUACCUUCAUUUGUAUAGUAUGUCUCACUUGAAAUUGCUUUGUAUACAUUUUGUAAAAAUAUUUAUAAAAUGUUUUGUAAAAAAAAGUAUAACAAAUUGCAGUUUAUUUUGUUAUGUUGGAUAAAUACUGUUAAAAGAAACCAGUCAGUAACUAUAUUGUUAAUCCAUGGUUAGGAAAUGUUUAGUUGGAGAUUACAAAAUGAAACAACCAUUGCAAUACAGCCAAAGAUUUGGGAAAAUGUGCAA